AUGCUUACCUCUCUCGUUAUCGCAGGAAUCAUUGCUCUUUACAUCGGAGUGCAGUGGUUCAGACGAAGAAGACAACAAACACCUCUCUCAGUCAACUAUCAUUUUACGCGCCGAUGCAAUUACGAAUGUGGUUUCUGCUUCCACACCGCCAAGACCUCGUACCUUGAGCCACUUGAAUCAGCAAAGAAGGGACUCGCUCUGUUGAAGGAUGCUGGGAUGCGGAAGAUAAACUUCGCCGGCGGGGAGCCACUGCUCUACCCUAAGCACCUCGGGUCGCUUAUUAAGUUUUGCAAAGAGGACCUGCAGAUCGAGUCUGUAUCGAUUGUCACGAACGGAAGUCGACUGACGAAAAGCUUUCUCUCGACGUAUGGCAAAUACAUCGAUAUCAUUGCCGUGUCAUGCGACUCGUUCCGUGAGGAGACCAACGUCAAGAUAGGGCGAGGAACUGGGGCGCAUCUGGACAACAUCACCCGGAUAUCGGAACUGUGUGUACAGCAUGGGAUAAAAUUCAAGUUGAAUACAGUGGUGAAUCGGUUCAACUUCGAUGAGGAUAUGAACGCCUCUAUCGCGAAGAUCAACCCGUUCCGGUGGAAGUGUUUCCAGGUAUUGAUCGUGGAGGAUGAGAAUGAUUCCAGCGAUACUCUGCGGGAUGCGAGAAAAUUCACCAUCACGGACGAGGAAUAUGAGCUCUUCUGCAAGACCCACGCCCACAACAAAUGCUUUAUUGCGGAGUCGAAUAAGGUGAUGAAGAGCUCCUAUCUGAUCAUGGACGAAUACAUGCGUUUCCUCAAUAAGGGUACUGGAGAACCGACACCGUCUAUUUUGGAAGUUGGCGUGAGCAAGGCUUUAAACCGUGUUCACUUUGAUAAAGAGAACUUCUUUCUGCGUGGUGGAGUGUAUGACUGGGUUAGAACUCCUGAGUCUUGUGGUACUACUAGUGAUCCAAAGCUGGACUGGUGAUGAAUAUGCUAGUGUUGAGUAUUCGUCUCCUGCGGUUCGCCCACACCUGCGGGGAAGUGAAGCUCGAGACGAGUAUGCAAUAUCACCUCUGCGUAUAGGCUGGACUGGACUGGAGAAAGGGUGAACUGUGAUGGAGGGGUUCUGUGCUGCAUAUUUAAGACUCAUUUUCGGCGUAAUUCAUAGCGUUGGUCUUCUCUAUACAUAAAGGUACAAUGAUGAAGAAAUUGUGUUAUUUUCUUUGUAUUUCAUGUGUUUAGAUAGCUUUCUGGAUAAGGUUCUGCCUUGGAAGCACCUGCAUACUAGCUAGACGUUCAGUAGUUAAACUCUAACAGGAGAUAGAAUCUUAUUUGAUGAUUGAUAAUGAUGGGCUAUAGAACCAAAUGGGAACAGAAG